AACUACAGUGGCAAAAUGAAAAUUCUGUCACGUUUAUAUAUACUCUCCCGCCCCAGGCGAAACCCUAAUCGACUCUUCGGGAUCGUCACUGCUGCCGCCAACGACGCCGCGAUGCCUCCCAAGCUCGAUCCCACGCAGAUAGUGGACGUCUACGUUCGAGUCACUGGAGGAGAAGUCGGUGCCGCCAGUUCGCUGGCUCCAAAGAUCGGCCCGCUGGGUCUCUCCCCGAAGAAGGUAGGAGAAGACAUCGCCAAGGAGACGGCCAAGGACUGGAAGGGCCUCCGCGUGACGGUGAAGCUCACUGUGCAGAACCGGCAGGCCAAGGUCAGCGUGGUACCCUCCGCCGCCGCCCUCGUCAUUAAGGCACUCAAGGAGCCCGAGCGCGAUCGUAAAAAGACCAAAAACAUCAAGCACAAUGGCAACAUCUCCCUUGAUGACGUCGUCGAGAUUGCCCGGGUGAUGAGGCCCAGGUCCAUGGCCAAGGAUCUCUCUGGCACCGUCAAGGAGAUCCUGGGCACCUGUGUCUCCGUCGGAUGCACGGUCGAUGGGAAGGACCCCAAGGAUCUUCAGCAGGAGAUCAGCGAUGGAGAUGCCGAGGUACCACUCGACUGAGCUCAGUUAUCGCUUCUAUUAGUAAAUUGGUUAUCGAUUGUGCCAAAAGCGCUCUUUUUAUCAAUCUCUUUCUGUUGUUCAACUCUAGCAUUUCUGAGACUUUGCGAAAUUGCGGGCGGUUUAAAUUCGAUCUGAUAAUUUUAAUAAUUAUUGUUCUGUUCU